CGGGGCAGCUGGGACUCGCCAGUGGCGCAGAGGCUCCCCUGGGACUGCAGGCCUCCACGUGGACACAAUGGGGGGGCCUGUGACAAGGCUCUCCUUCCUCUUUCUCCUGCUGUCCAGGCAAAGUGCUGCCUGUGGGACAAAUGAGUGCUGUUUCCAGGACCCACCAUAUCUGGACGCACACUCAGGUUCAGCUUUGGGCCCCAGGAACCUGAGCUGCUAUCGGAUAUCUUCUAGCGCCACUUAUGAGUGUUCCUGGCAGUAUGAGGGCCCCACGGCUGGGGUCAGACACUUCCUGAUGUGCUGCCUAAGUCCCGGGCACUGCUGCUACUUUACCGCGGGCGCAGACACCAGCCGGCAGUUCUCUGACCAGGAUGGGGUGUCUGUGCUGUAUAAUGUCACAUUUUGGGUGGAAUCCCGGGUCGCGAACCGGACAGAGAAGUCACCUGAGAUCACCCUGCAGCUCCACAGCUCAGUUAAAUAUGACCCUCCUGGGAAAGACAUCAAAGUGUCCAAGUCAUCGGGACAGCUGCUGAUGGAGUGGGAGACCCCAGCCCACCAGGAUAAUGCCAAAGUACAAUUCCGGUACCGGACAGCCAACGGCCCGUGGAAGUUGGGCGACUGUAAACCCCAAAAUGAUACGGAGUCCUGUGUCUGCCCCCUGGAGAUGGAGGUGGCCAGGGAAUUUCAGCUACGAAGAAGAAGACGAAGAGAGCACCCCCGGCUGGGGGUCCUGGAAGUUCCCUGGAGCAGCUGGAGCAGUCCUGUGUGCAUCCCCCCUGAACCACCCCCACAGCCAGAGGCGAGGUUAUCAGUGGAGCAGCUUGGCCAGAAUGGGAAGAGGAAGCUCACCCUGGACUGGCAGCCCAAACAGCAUGAGCUACCAGAAGGCUGCCAAGGGCCUGUGUCUGAUGCAGUGGUGACCUAUCGAGUGUACCUGCACAUGCUGUCCUGCUCUUGUAAAGCCACAGCCACCAGGACCCUACGCCUGGGAAAAAACAUCUCUCUCUCGGGUGCUGCCUACAAUGUGACAGUUGUCUCCAAGAAUCUAUUCGGGUUUGGCCUGAACCAGACAUGGCACAUUCCUGCCUACAACCACACAGAGUUAGUGGCUCUGAAUAUCAGUGUUGAAGCCAACGGGACUACCAUGUAUUGGCCAGCCCAGGGUCAGGGAACAACAUAUUGCAUUGAGUGGCAGCCCCAGGGCCAGGAUGCGAGCCUCAGCACCUGCACCUUGACUACCCCCCAGGCCCAGGAUCCAGCUAGAAUGGCAACCCACAGCUGGAGCCAAGAAUCUGGGGCGAUGGGGCAGGAGGAGUGUUACCGGAUCAUGAUCUUUGCCUCUGCACACCCAGAUAAGGCCACUUCAUGGUCCACAGUCCUGUCCACUUACUACUUUGGGGGCAAUGUCUCAAAGGCCGGGACCCCACAUCACAUCUCGGUGAAGAAUUACAGCCUGGACUCUGUGUCUGUGGACUGGACACCAUCCCUGCUGAGCGCCUGUCCUGGCAUCCUGAAGGAGUAUGUUGUACGCUGCCGAGAUGAAGACAGCAACCAGGUGUGGGAGCAGCUGGUGAAGCCUACAGAGUCCCAAGUCACACUCCGUGGCCUGCGGGCUGGCACAGCCUACACGGUCCAGGUGCGAGCAGACACAGCAUGGAUCAGGGGUGCCUGGAGCCAGCCCCAGCGCUUCAGCAUCGAAGUCCAGGUGUCUGAUUUGUUCAUCCUUCUUGCAUCUCUGGGGAGUUUCGUGAGCAUCCUCAUCCUGGGCAUCCUUGGCUACCUUGGCCUGAACAGGGCUGCCCAGCACCUGUGCCCACUCUUGCCCACACCCUGUGCCAGCUCUGCCAUUGAGUUCCCCAGCAGCCAGGGGAAGCAGACUUGGCAGUGGAUCAACCCCGCCGACUUCCAGGAAGAUGUGUCCCUACAAGAGGCCCUGGUGGUGGAGAUGUCCUGGGACAAAGGCAAGGGGACUGAGCCUCUCAAGGAGAAGACAGAGCUGCACUGCGGUGCUCCUAAGCUGACCCUGGACACAGAGCUGUCCUUGGAAGAUGGAGACAGACACCUCUACCCAUCCUCUCCUCACCCAGCCUCUCUCACUGGCCGGCCCUGAACCCCCA